UGGCCGGGCAGCUUCAAAUUCAAAUCUUUUACUGCCAAAUAAAUAUCGAAUUUCGUAUUCAGCAUGGACAAGCCGCAGUAUGCUCGCGUGGUGAAGAUCCUGGGCCGCACACGCUCCCGGGGGCAGUGCACCCAGGUGCGGGUGCAGUUCCUCGGCGACCAGAACCGCCAGAUAAUUCGCAAUGUCAAAGGACCUGUUCGAGAGGGCGACAUCCUGUCGCUACUGGAAUCUGAACGCGAGGCGAGGAGAAUUCGCUAGGAGUGCCACUUGCGUAAUUCAGCAUCAUUUAUUUA